ACCGAACUAACCCCCUUUCACCCAACUUCACCCACAGAUGCAGGCGUAUCGCGAUAACUUCAAGCAAACGCCCUGCCCAUCGGCCGUCGACCUUCAGGCGGCGGGACCAGCCCACCACCGGUCGACCGCCUCUCGGCUGCCUUUUUCGCGCAGUCAGCGUGGGCGUGACCCCUCGGUCAGUGCCGCCUCCGUUUCCGCCUCCGCCGCUGGCGCCCUAACGCCCAGGAUGAUGAGCCCGGGUCCGCCAGGUGGAGCAGGCGGCGGGGGAGAUCUCGCCCUGCUGCGCCAGAACCAGGAGCUGCGCCAACGGCUGGCCGACGAGUCGCAUAGCUAUCGACGCCGCCUGGACACCUACAAGCAGGCGCAGCACAACCAGGCCAACCUGGUCAGCCGGCUGCAGUCGAAGAUCCAGCAGUAUCGCCAGCGGUGCAGCGAUCUGGAGGACCGCAUGCACGAGACCAUCAAGCCCACGGCGGGCACGGGACCCAAGUUGACCACGGGUCCAACCACCAGUCAGGUGAUGUGCUCCACUUCCCUGACCCUGGGCCAGAGCAGUUUGCCCUGCAGCUCCUCGCUGGACUCACCACCGCCCAGCUGCAGUCGCGAUUAUGUCCACGACGAUGUCCUGGUCACCGGCGGAGGCGGCGGAGCAGCUGACUUAUGCCGCAAACUGGAGGAGGAGCACCAGCGAUGCGAGCAGAUCCUGGCCCAGAACAGUGCCCUUCGCCAGCAGCUGGAGGAGUCGAAUCGCACCAACGAGGCGCUGACCAACGACCUGCAGAAGCUGACCAACGAUUGGGCGGCUGCGGAUGAGCUGCUGAUCAAGGAGGACGAGUUUAAGGAGGAGGAGCAGGCCUUCAAGGACUACUACAACAGCGAGCACAACCGCCUGCUGAAGAUGUGGCGAGAGGUGGUGGCCGUCAAGAGAUCCUUCAAGGAAAUGCAGACGGCCAUGAAGGCGGAGGUGGCCAAGAUGGGUCAGGAGAUCAACUGUGUGGGCAAGGACAUCAGUGGUUCCAAUGCCACGGUGGCCUUUGCCCACCAGCAGGCCAAACGGGCGGCGGAUGAGGAACUGAAGCAAUCCCAACGCAGCAAUGAUGAACUGCAGAACCAAUUGGCUACCCUUAAAGUUCAAUACGAGAGUGCCCGCCACGAGAUCAUGGAACGGGAUCAGCGACUCCUAGAGCUGAUGAAUCAGCUGAAGAAGCUGGAGGAUCGCUGUGGCCAGGCGGAAUCGCAGGCUGCUCUGGCCAGUCGCUAUAGCGACGAGAUAGAGCGACUCAAUAAUUCCAUGCGCGAAAUUGCGCAGGCCGUCGUUCAAGAUGCUGAGAUCGCAGAUCGCGAGGCAGACGCCGAGGUCACCGGCGGGGUCAUGCAGCACAUGCACCUGACGCGUGACGCCGCCUCCGUGGCUGGUGGUGGAGCAGGGGGUGGUGGUGCGGGCAGCACCACUGGUGGUGGGAAAUCCCCCCGUCGGAACUCAACACGCGCCUCCCAAGCCUUCGCCGAGGGCACCAUCUCAGCCGUCCAGGCGGCACUCCACAAAUACCAACUGGCCCUCCAUGAUAUGCAGGUUAAAUUCCAGAAUACCAGCGAAACCCUGCGCACCACCAAGACCCAAUUGGAGACCAGCGAGGGUACCAAACAGCUGCUCACCACCAAGAUGCAGCAGCUCACCGAGAAGCUGGACAGCAGCAACUCCAAGCUGUCGGAGCUCCUGCAGGAGAGGGAGAGUCUGCAGCGCGGUCUGGACGAUGUCCGCACCCAGAAGCAGCAGUCCGAGAUGGGCAGAGCCGAUAUCAAUAGUGCGUUUGAGAACCUGAGCGGUGACUAUGAGAAGCUUCAGCUGAACUAUGGAAAACUGCAGAAGCGCAUCGAUUCCAUGGAGGAGGACAAAAAGGCCGUUGAGCUGGAAAUCCAACGCAUUCUAAAGGACAAGAAUAUCACCGAGUUGAAUUUGAGAUCCGAGGAAGAUCGCAGCAGUCGGCUGAGGGAGGAGACCAUCUCUCGCGAGGAGCUCAACCGGGUGAGCCUGAAUCGUGAUCUUCUAGAGCAGCAGCGCAUCGAGUCGGAUAACCUGAUCAAUCCUGAAAAGCAGAAAUCCGAUCUGGAGUAUGACCUGGACAAGCUGCUGUUGGAGAAGUGUGAUCUGCGAAAACACGAGAAGCUAUCGAACAACAGUUGCUCCACCACCGAUGAACUGAAAACGGCAAAUUGCCUCCAGGAGACGCAGGAGGAGCGCAAGAAGCUCCGAAUCCAGUGCGAUCAGGCCAAUGAAAUUGGUGAGCUCAAGAAGGAACUGGCGGUGCUGGACAAGGCGCGACUCGAACUGGAGACGGACAAUCUGUCCGCCGGCGAGAAGCAAUGCCUGCAGCUGGAGAAGGAGAAGAUCCUGCAGGAUUUGGCCUGUGUCACCCGGGAUCGUGGUGAUAUCCACAACCAGCUGACGGCCAUGUGUCGAAAAAGAGGCUUGAAUGAGGAACUGAUGCGGACUCGCCAGCUGGAGCAGACCACCGAGACCAAUAGUCGCCUGAAUAGAAAUCUGGAGGAGAUGGUGAAGGAUGUGGAGGAGAAGCAGGUGGUCAUCGAUUUGCACGAGAAGGACACCCAUCGCUUAAAUGAACUCCUGGCUGCCCUGCGCUCGGAGAAGGAGUCCCUGGAAUCGGUGCUUUCGACACAAUACCUCACUGGAGGCCACGAGGAGCGACGCAGCCAGCGACGGGAUCUACAGGAGGCUUUGGUAAGGGAAGAGUCCCUAAAGAAUCAUGUGGCUCGUCUGCAGAAAGAUCUGGAGCAAUGCCAGCGCAAGGCCCAGGAGACCAAGACGCAGUUGCUCAGCGCCCGUGCGGCCGAGAGUGAUUUCAACCAGAAGAUUGCCAAUCUUCAAGCUUGUGCAGAGGAUGCGGCCAAACGACAUGGCGAGGAAAUCCUAGUUAAGGAAGCCCUGGAAAAGCGGAUGCAGCAGGCCCUGCAAGCCCUGCAAACGGCCAAGGAUGAUGAGAUCGAGAAGUUGCAGGAGCGAUUGGCCACUCUGCAGGCCCACCUCGAGAGUCUUGUCCAGCAGCACGAGGAGGCACUGAUCCGUGCGGAAAGCGAGAAGCAGCAGGCCCUUUUGAUUGCCCACCGGGACAAACGCGUGGCCGAGCGGUUGGAGGCUGUGUCCCGGGAUCUCAAGACCGAACAGGAGUCCCUCGAUCGCAGUAGAAGAGAGGCCAAUGCUCGGGAUGAGAAGCAACGGGCGGUAAUCGCUCAACUCAAGGACGAGAUGGUGCACAUGCGCACCAAAGAGGAGGAGCAUAAGAUUAAGCUGGAGGAGUGCAUCCGCAAGCAGGAGCUGCAAUUGAAUAGCAUUCGGGAGGAGCGGGACACCUUGUGCCGUGUGAGCGAGGAGCUUAAGAUGGAGAUUCGCCUCAAGGAGGACAAAAUGGAGGGCACCAAUAACGAGCUGCAGGAUGCACUGCGCAAGUCCAAGGAGGGUGAAGGAUUCAUUGAUAGUCUACGCAAGGAGUUGACCGACUGUCGCCGACAACUGGCGGACAGCAACAUUGAGCGGGACAAGUAUUCCGGCAGCAACAAGGAGCUGCGCGACCAUGUGAAGCGCGUGGAGAGCGCCACGGAGCAGGCACGUGCCAUCGAGGAGGCUCUUCAGAAGAAGAAUCUGGAGGACAAAAACUCUUUGGAGAACGAACGCACCAGAUUGAGUACCAUCCUGAAGGAGACGGAAAUCACUUUACGAAACACCCAGGAUCUGAAUGCCACUAAGGCGCAGCUGCAGAAGGCCCAAGUGGAGUUUGCCCAGAAGGGAGGUGGCAAGGAGCUGCAGUGCAAGCUGGUGGCCGAAGUGGAGCUUAAGGAGCGGGCUCAGCAGGAGCUCUGCCAGAUCAAGAAGCAGUUGUCCGACUUGGAGGCCAAUCUGUGCGCCACUCGCCAGGAAUUGGGCAGGGCUAGGUGUCAGAACAACCAGGAGGAGCAUCGAUUCCAUGCCAGGGAACAGGAGUUGGCCCAGCGCCUGGAGGAGGGUCGAGGCAGGGAGAAGCGACUGGAGGAUCAGAAGCAUAACCUAGGUUGCCUGGCGGAUGCCACCCAGCAGAUUCAAGUUGAAGGCCGCUUGGGCGGAGCCGAGGUCGUAUUCGAGCUUGGAUGAGCAUUAUCCUGCGUGGAGCUGCACAAGCGGGACACCGAACAGAAGCUCUCCUCAGUGGUCCAUACGCUGCGCAGAAUUGCAGGCAUCCAAGUGGAUGGCAGUGUGAAUCUCUCACAUCGCUUGCUCAGUCCCUCGAGGAGAUUCAGUCCAUCUCGCAGCUGCGGGGAUUAUGACAACAGGAGCACUUCGCAGUGUCCUGAUGGACCCAUUGAUGGACCAGAUCUGGUGCGAAAGGGUGUCCGUAAUCUGAUGCACCUGGCUCAGUUGGAACGCGAGAAGGAUGACUACAAAUCCCAGCUGGGAGCGGCCAAGAAACAGCUCCAAGAUGCCGCCGACCAGCAACUGAAAUGCGAUGCCAAGCUGGGCAAACUGCAGGCCAUGUUGAGGAAUCUGCAGGAGGAGAAGAGCAACCUGGAAACAGAUCGUAAGAUGAAGAUCUCCGCCAUUCAUGCGCUGGAGGAGAAGCUCAAGCACCGCAACGAUGAGUGUCAGAUGCUGAGGGAACGUUUGGCCCAAACGGAGAUGCAACUGGCUGCCACAUCCGAGGAGAAUGGCCAGAACGAGGAACGCCUGGAGAAGAGUCGACAGCAGUGCGCCAAGUUGGACAACGAGAAGCGUCAGCUGCAGGAGGAAUUGGCCAAGGUUGAGGGCAGGGCCAGCAAACUGGAUCUCCAGCGUGCCAUGGAGGGCGAUCUCACCAGGUUGCAAAUGGCCCUGCAGGAGAAGGACUGCAGCAUCCGUCAAAUGGCCGAACGCCUGGAGAACCAAAAUCGCGCCAUGACCCAACUGGAGGAUCGUUGCACAGCCCUCAAGUCCACUGUGGAUCAGCUGAAGGAACGCCUCCAAAAGUCCGCCGUCACCGAAACCCAGCUGAGGGGCGAGCUGAAGACCCUUCAGAAGGAGCUCGAGCAGGGCCACUGCUCCCAGGCCAAUGAGGACAAGCUAAACUGGUCCAGAAUCCCUGCAGACCGCCGAAACGAGAAGCGCAUACUCACCGAACGCCUGGACAGCGCCCAGACCAAUCUCAACGAGCUGCGUCGCAGCCAACAGGCUCAACUGGAUGGGAAUCAGCGGCUACAGGAGCAGGUCACCGAUCUGGAGGUUCAGCGCUCGGCUCUGGAAUCGCAGCUCCGCAUCGCCAAGUGGAACCAAGAGAGCGGCGGUGACAGGGUGACCAACGGCAAUGGAGGCAGCAAUGGCGAGGAUGAGCUCAGCAGGCAGCUAAAGUCUUCCCAGCGGGAGAAAUCGGAGCUGCGCAGUAAACUGCAGACCCUACAGGACAAAGUCAAGCAGUUGGAGUGCGAACGGAAAAGCAAGUUCUCCGGCGGAAACGCCUACGAUCGGGCCGAGAAGUCCAACUCCUAUUACGGUGGGGCUAAUGAUUCCGGGGAGUUUGAUUCCAAUCGCUACGGUGGCGGAGGUAAUGCCGGAACUGGAGGAGGAGGAGUAGGAGGCUCCUUUAACUGCGGAUUGGAUCACAGUGUGAUCGAGCAGGAGACCCGCGAUCUGCGACUCAAGGUGCGUCGCCUGGAGACGCUGCUGGCGGAGAAGGAGUCCGAGUUGGCGCGUUGCAAGGCGCGAAUGAACGACAGCAAGUGCACUGAUGGUUUGGACGGGGAUCGCUAUCGCAGUGCCCAGAUGCACGCCGAGAAGCUGCUCGACGCCAGAGAACAGUCCCACAGGCAGCAAGUUCUGCGCCUGGAGAAUCAGAUAUCCAUGCUGCGCGAGCAAUUGGCUCAGGAGGCCAAACGGAGACAACAGUAUAUUCUACGCAGCUCAAAGGCGAAUCGGGAAAUGCAGCACUUGAGAGCACCCUUGGGAUUCCCUACGCAAUGUGUCCCAGCACCCGGUGAUGCUCAUCUCCUGGAAAGCGAGAGCAGACGUCUCGAUUCCGCCGUUUCGAUGAGCCUGCCUCCCUCGACCUGCCGGGACUAUGAUCGCGACUAGAGCUAUGUGGAGUUAAGAUUUGGUUAAACUUUAUCCCGCCAAGAAGACGUAACGCUCACUGCCAUAUGCAUUUAUUUAGAAAAGGCUUCCUGGACUGCUCCAAUCGCAUCUGAGUUAUCAUCGCGUGCAUUUCAACUCGUUUGCCUUAGUACAUUCUAGCUGUUCAUUGUCUGCCCUGUUAGACAAUCGAAUAUAGUGCGUUCCAUCCAGUCACAUUCGGGCAUCCGGUAGCGAUGAUGCAUCAUUCAUCUCCACAAAAAUAACUAUGCAUUAAAGGGUCACGAGUUCCGAUUCUCCCUGAGCGAGGGAGAACACCGAACCAUAUCUAACACGACAAUUUACAUCAUUUGCAUUUACAUAUUGGCCAGAACACUGAACUAGUCAGCACGAAACAAAGCAACUAUAUUUAAUCCUUAGCAUAUCUAAACCUACAUACAGUGCGGUUCGACGACUGCAUGUUUUAUAAAAUAUAUAUACAAGAGAAACACAUUCUAAUGAACACAA